CUCCACUGUCAUCCCCGGAUAAUGGUGCAGAGACGCGGUCAGCAAGCUUCAGGCAGUAGCCUGCCCCCCAUUACUUCGGCAUUAAUCAGCGUCCUCUGAGGGUGUCAUGAAGCCGCUGAGGUCAGAUUAAUCCAGCGGCCCAGCCAAGCCUUAAAUAGCCAACAAGUUUGCUCGGCCUUUAGUUGCCAAAAUCGCCUUGGCCUGCCCUUUUUUCGAUAUACUUGUACUGUAUCUAUUGCCGUGGCCUCACGCUUCUACUUCUCUAUGUAUUUACUGCACUGAUAUUAUCCUCUAAUGUUGUACCACCACUGACAUGUCUUCUCAAGAGAAAGACGUGAAAGUUGGGCAGAGUUCUUCAGAGCUAGCUUUGUCCGUGGACCGCUCUUCGUUUGAAACUGUAGCAGAUCGGACACCACACCGACAAGAGCCAAGUUUAGACAAUGAUGGUAAGGAUGACGUCGAAAGGGGAACAGAAAGUGGAAGAGUACAUAACGAUAUGGCCUUAUCUCAAGCCAGCCCAAUCGGCGCGGAGAAUGACACUCAAGCCUCUCGUGUUAGUAUCGCAAGCCACAGAAGCAAAGCAUCACAAGCGAUGAGCAAGGUCAUGAGCAAAUCUAGCAAGAGCAAGAAGGAGCACCUGGUUCCCACGGAACUACCGUUAUCAGAUAUUGAGAGUGGGGUCGUAGGUUGGGACAGCCAAGACGAUCCUACCAUGCCGCUGAACUUCACGAGAACCAGGAAGCUACUUAUAGUUUGGCUAUUGUCUAUCAUAACACUGAUGGCACCCCUUUCCUCCUCCAUCAUCGCCCCCGCUAUCAGUAUCUACAGCGAGGAGUUCGGAAAUACCAAUUCUACACUUGCCGCGAUGCCAGUCAGUAUCUUUUUGCUUGGGUUUGCCGUCGGUCCACUGUACUUGGCACCGAUGUGCGAGAUACAUGGACGUGCAAUCGUCUUGACCUGCUCGAAUAUCUUCUUUUGCGCCUGGCAGAUAGGUUGCGCCCUCGCUCCGAACCUGAACUCCCUAAUAGUCUUUCGGUUCCUUGCCGGUAUCGGCGGCUCGGCCGCCUUGACGCUGGGCGGCGGUGUGAUCGCGGACCUCUUUCCCGUUGAGGAACGUGGCUUUGCUCUCUCAAUUUGGACAAUCGGGCCAACACUAGGCCCAUCGCUUGCGCCGCUCAUCGGUGCUUUCAUUGCCGGAAGUAUCGGUUGGAGAUGGUCCGUCUGGAUCAUCUUCAUUCCGGCGACUUUAACGACUGUCAUCAUGGCCUUCCUCUUCCCGGAAACUAACCAUCGUGUGCUUAUAGACCGCAAAGUACGAAGGUUGCAGAAGGAGCUCAACCGUCCCGAACUACACUCCUGCUACGAAAGUGAGGAGUUGCGAAAACUGACCAGAACCGCCAUCUUGAAGCUCGGUCUACUUCGUCCACUGAAGAUGCUCUUCCUCAGUCCAAUCAUCGCCACGAUUAGCUUAUAUAUAUCAUUCGUGUACGGAUGUAUUUACCUCAUGUACAAUACCGUACCAACCGUCUUCCAAGGUGUCUAUGGAUGGUCCACCGGUGUCUCGGGGCUGGCUUUCAUAGCCCUCGGUCUAGGGUAUACGGCUGGCCUUGCUCUUUUCUCAAUCUUCAGCGACCGCCAGGUCGUCCACCUGACGAAGAAGAACAACGACGUCUACGAACCAGAGAUGCGCCUGCCUACCAUGGUGUACUUCGCUUUCGUCUGCCCCAUCACGUUCUUUUGGUACGGCUGGGCCGCGCAGACACAUGCUCACUGGGCCGCGUCUGUGAUAGGACUGUUUCCUCUUGGUGUGGGUAUCUUCGGCAUUUGGCUGCCCGCGCAAGCGUAUCUCAUUGACGCGUAUCCUCAGUAUGCGGCGAGUGGGAUUGCGGCAUUCACGGUGCUGAGAAGCAUCACUGCCGCGUUCUUGCCCCUCGCUGGUCCGAGUCUCUUUGGAACACUGGGACUGGGGUGGGGAAAUAGUCUGUUGGGGUUUAUCUGCGUCGCUAUGGUACCUGUACCAGUUCUCAUUCAUAGAUAUGGCGGGUACGUGAGGAAGAGAUGGCCUCUUAAUCUGUAAUUAUUGAAGCAUGAGGUGUCAUCAGGGCGUGAGUCGGACCCGGGAGUAUCGAAUCGCAACAAAAUAUAUAUAUAACUUCGUCUAGCACAAGAUUGAUUUAUGGGGUAAUACUAUGCGCAUCAAUCGAAAGUUUAAUGGAGCUCAAAGUAACUAUUCUAGUCUAAUCAGCUAGUAUAUCUGAUACUUAUAGGACUGUACAUACAAAGGUAUUCUUAGGCAAGGUUUAAGACCAUGGCCGCGGGUUCUGAGCUUAUUCUAUCGCAGUGCAUUCUAGAGUCUGAAGGAGCGAACAUCGCACGGAGGCCUUUUCCGACAGAUCAACAUAGUUGUAACCCGAGACCAU